AUGUCGAAGAUGUAUCAGGCUGAACAUGUCGAUCACAAGUCGCCAACAGGCGCGGAAAAGGAUGGGCAUGAACGGCGCGGGUCCAUCUUUGCUGACCCGGCCGGCCGUCAUCAGAGCAUCGUUGACAUGACCCAAAAUACCACUGGAGAGAUCAAGAACCCACUCGUUGGCAUUUCUAAAGAUGACUUACUCCGGGAUGUCGAACUUUAUGCGACUGAACAUGAUUUGGCCGAUGCCUUGCCGUAUCUCCGAAAGGGUGCUCUUGUAGCACAGAACCCCACGGGUUUCGAGACAAUCGAAGAGCUCGACGAAGAUGACCGCCAAGUCUUGCGAAACGAGAAGGCUCACCGGUGGAAACACCCCAAAACUCUCUAUUUUACCAUUCUACUCAAUUCCAUCAGUGCGGCUAUUCAAGGAUGGGAUCAGACCGGCUCAAAUGGAGCAAACCUCUCGUUUCCACAGGAGUUCGGAAUCGCCGACACGGGGGCUUGCGAGGGGCUUGGUACUUGCGAAAAGAACUCCUGGAUCAUUGGAGCUAUUAAUGGUGCUCCUUAUAUGGCUAUUGCUUUGUUUGCUUGUUGGCUCUCAGAUCCCGUCGACGACCUCAUUGGACGAAGAGGAGCCAUUUUUAUAGGAGCUGUCUUCAGCUUGCUCAGUCCCAUCGGCCAGGCUCUUGCUCAAACUUGGCCACAGAUCCUAAUCUGCCGGAUUCUGCUCGGCAUUGGCAUGGGACUUAAAAGAAGUCACUGUCCCAGUCUUCUCAGCCGAGAAUGCCCCAACAAAUAUUCGUGGAGCCUUGUUUUUAAUACCGGCGCAAUAGCCUGGCGACUACAGCUUGGCUCUGCUUUCAUUCCAGCUGUGCCGCUCUUAAUCGGCAUCUACUUCGCUCCAGAGUCGCCUCGAUGGCUUAUUAAAAAGAACAAACACGCCAAAGCUUACAGGUCCCUCCUUCGGCUCCGAAACGGCCCCGUUCAGGCUGCGAGAGACUUGUAUUACGUCCACGCUCAGCUGGUGGCCGAAGAAGUUCUACUAGAAGAAGAGGGUUUCUCGAAGAACGACAACUUCUUCACAAGAUUUGUGGAAUUGUUUACGGUUCCGCGAAUCCGGCGAGCAACUCAAGCCUCGGGUAUCAUCAUGAUUGCUCAACAGAUGUGCGGCAUCAACAUCAUCGCUUUCUAUUCGUCCACCAUCUUCCAAAGGGCUGGUGCCAGCACCGUCACCGCACUGCUCGUAUCAUGGGGAUCUGGCAUGACCAUGUUUGUCUUUGCCUUCCCAGCCCUCUAUACCAUUGACACCUGGGGACGCCGAACAUUGCUCAUUGCCACAUUUCCCAAUAUGUUUUGGACCCUCCUAGCGACUGGCAUGUCGUUCUAUAUUCCGGAAAGCAGUCUAGCGCACCUUGGACUCAUCGCGCUCUUUAUCUUCGUCUUUGUUGCCCUUUACUCCCCCGGCGAGGGGCCCUGCGCUUUUGUCUACUCGUCUGAGGUGUUCCCGCUUACUCACCGCGAAGUCGGGAUGUCAUGGGCAGUUGCCACAAACAAUUUCUGGGCAGCUGUGCUUGGGCUCACCUUCCCCCGUAUGCUCCUUGCGUUUACGCCUCAAGGAUCUUUCGGUUUCUACGCUGGACUCAACAUCAUCGCCUUGGUAACCAUCUUCCUCUUCAUGCCGGAGACCAAACAACGGUCUCUCGAGGAGCUUGACUAUGUUUUCGCCGUGCCAACUCGUGUGCACGCACGCUACCAACUCACGCAAGCGCUGCCAUGGUGGUUCAAGAGAUAUAUCUUCCGCAACAAGUCCGCUCCUGCACCUGACCUCUAUCACUUCGAUAGUGCGGAAGCCUAUCCAGGAAGGACGUCUCCACUCAGUGCAAAGAAGUGA